AUGGAAGAAAAUGUUGAAGAUUGUGCAAGGGGAUGCUUUGAGUGUUGCGUCAAAUGCCUGGGAGUCCUCCCGUAUGCCUCUCUCUUCGCGACCAUCCUUCUGUACGCUGGGGUGGCGCUGUUCUGUGGCUGCGGGCACGAGGCCCUCUCUGGCACCGUCACCAUCCUGCAGAACUACUUCGAGGUGGUCCGAGCUCCCGUGGAAACCCUGGACGUCUUAACCAUGAUUGACAUCUUGAAGUAUGUCAUCUACGGCGUGGCGGCGGCGUUCUUCGUCUACGGCAUCCUGCUGAUGGUGGAGGGCUUCUUCACCACCGGCGCCAUCAGGGACCUGUACGGAGACUUCAAGAUCACCGCCUGUGGACGCUGCGUCUCCGCCUGGUUCAUUAUGUUGACCUAUAUCUUCUUCCUGGCCUGGUUGGGUGUGACAGCCUUCACCUCGCUGCCCGUCUUCAUGUACUUCAACAUCUGGACCAUGUGUCAGAACACCACUGUGGUGGAGGGCGCCAACCUCUGCCUGGACCUGCGCCAGUUUGGCAUGGUAACUAUCGGGGAGGAGAGGAAGGUGUGCACGGGCUCCGAGAAGUUCUUUAAGAUGUGUGAGUCUAACGAGCUGGACAUGACGUUCCACUUGUUCGUCUGUGCCCUGGCCGGGGCUGGGGCUGCAGUUAUCGCCAUGGUCCACUACCUAAUGGUACUGUCCGCUAACUGGGCCUACGUGAAGGACGCGUGUCGGAUGCAGAAGUAUGAGGACAUCAAGUCCAAGGAGGAGCAGGAGCUCCACGACAUCCACUCCACUCGCUCUAAAGAGCGUCUCAAUGCCUACACCUAAAGCACACAUCCGUCCCGUCCCCCCUAUCCUUCCCUCCCUCUCCAACACACACACACACACACGUCCAUGACACACACGCAGCAGAACACACACAGCAACCACACGAGCUAUUCAAUGUCUGGUGUUUAUGUUCGUAGGGGCACAAGUGUAAGGGGGGUUUGUGGUGUCGUGUUAU